AGAGCGCGACAACCUUUCGGGAUCUGGGAUUGAACAACAAGUGCUGCUGAAAAGGCACCAGUAAUCAUGCGAGAAACCCAUUUAUUUGAUUCAAGAUUCCUACCUUCCAAACAAACAAGCAGGGUCGCGCGAAGCUCCAAAAAUAUUUCAAUCCCCAUUAAGCGCCAAAAAUCCCCCCGGAACAACCACAGCCUGUAACUUAUCCGUUGCAUAUACUUUCCCACCGAACUGGUACCACAACCGCCGCGACGUCUUACUUCCAAGCUCUAUAUGCCAAUCAUAUAUAUGAUCGUAUAUGAUUGUCCCUGUCCUAACAGAGCUUUCAAAAAAUUGUUACCAUUUUUUGGAGUCCUUUUAGCCGCGGGUUUCAAGUUGAAUUAUUCGAGUUGGUUGAAUGGAUUUGUUGAUUUUCAAUCGAAGAGUGAAGUGAGUAAUAAGGUAGGAAUAGAUGCGUUUGUUUUAUUUUUGGGAAUUGGAAGACAUGGGAGACGCAAUGGACGUGUUUAUAAGAGAGAGGAGGUUUCUAUGGAGAUGAAGUGUUUCUAUGCUAUACACCUUCAAACACUUCUCUGGUAGAGUGCAAUAAUCGACAUCUUAGAUUUCAUAUAGAUCGCCUAGUGCAUCACAACUCGCUGCUUUUUUCCUUCCAAAUUCUACGAUUGCAUACAAUUCAUUCGCUAUCUUUCUUCUUCUUGUUCAGCAUCACCAACUCUUCGGCAAAUCCUUCAGAUUAAUCCAGAAUAAAUAUGGAAAUGGAAGCACCUCUCCUUCGUCCCUCAACUCCAACUUCCACACACACAUCCUCCUCAAUCUCUUCCACCAACCACAGCUUCAAAACCAGCCAUAGCAGACCUCUCUCUACGUACACCACAGCAUUUUCCCACUCCAAAUCCCCCAGUCUCAGUUCCCAGUCAUCCGGUUCUUCUCUGAAAGCCUCCAGUACCCUCUCACGUACACGGACUCUCUACACAAAACUCAACACCGAAGUGCAAUUUAUGAAACUGAAAUUAUCGACGCGAAGAAGGAAGGAUAAGGGGAAAGAAGGGAGAUGGAUUAAGAUUGAAGGCGAAGAAGAAGGUGAGAGGAGGGUCGAGAUGGUUUGGAGGAGGAUGGAUGGUGGGCAGGGAAUGAUUCCUUAUGGUGGAGUGGGAAGGGAAAGAUUGGAUUGAAUCAGGAUUUGAAAAGGGAUAUUGAGGAUAAAAUGCAGUGAUACCAUGGGAACGGCGGAACUGUGUCUAGAUUUGGUUUAUGGAGUUUGGUUUGGGAAUGGACGGAAAACUUAUUGGUCUCUGAAUGAUGGCGGGUAAGGGCUGGUGUCUUCGAUUUUUAUUUAUGUUUAUGUCAUGAUGAGCUACAUGACUGUUAUGUUCACGAUUAAUGCCAGGGACAUAUACGAGAGUGUAAUGAUAUUGCAAAUACUUCCUUCAAUUCGAAAUAAAGAAAUAUGUUCCUUGAAGUUAACCAUGGGUAUCGACAGCAUAUCCUAGACCCAUUUCAGUCCAAUCAGUUUCGGCGCGUGUGAAGACAAAUAUUAAGACUAUCAUCGCCCGGCUAAAGUCAUAAACCGUCAGAGCUCGAAGAGUGAGACUAACGUGAAAACCUACCU